UUUUUAAAUUAAAAAAUUAUAGCGAUAGUACUUCGUUUAAUAAAACCUAACAAAUUGGUGCAUAGUACGUUUUACUCCCUUUGCGCCAACACCUAAAACCCUAAACCCUUUUACCCCAAUUUCCGACGAACCUUCGACGACGGCGGAGCACCACCAUUAACUUCCCUGUUUCUCCAUCCAAUUUAUUUUCCCUCUAUACGUAUUUAAAUAUUUAUUAGUAUUUACAAAGCUUCAGAGAAAAUUUUCAAGUGAGAAAAUGGUGGUGAAAGUGGAGAACAUAACUCCAAGGAAAAGUAAGACUGCUACUGAUGAGGUUAUUUCUGAAGAGAUGGAUAUGAAAGUAAAGAAAUACCUUAGAGGUGAAGGAGCAAAUUUGGAGGCUUUGAAGGAUAAAAAAUUAAAGGGUCAGCUUGCUGUGAAAGAAGAGUUGUAUGGAAAAUCUGCAACAGCUGCUGCGAAGGCUGAGAAGUGGCUUAUGCCAAGUGAGGGUGGCUAUCUAGAGGUUGAUGAUGAAGGUAUUGAGAAGACCUGGAGAAUAAAGCAAGAGGCAAUUGCCCGUGAAGUUGACAUUUUGAGCUCUAGGAAACAAUAUGAUAUCGUCUUACCAGAUUUUGGUCCUUACACGCUUGAAUUCACCCCUAGCGGUCGCUACAUGGCUGCAGCUGGAUGCAAAGGUCACCUUGCUAUUGUAGAUAUGAAAAGCAUGAAACUCGUUAAAGAACUGCAGGUCAGGGAAACGGUGCGUGAUGUAGUAUUCUUGCAUAAUGAACAAUUUUUUGCUGCUGCUCAAAAGAAGUACCCGUAUAUAUACAAUAGAGAUGGCACAGAGCUCCACUGCCUGAAGGAACAUGGUGCUGUGCUAAAGCUUCAGUUCUUAAGCAAUCACUUCCUUUUGGCUUCUAUAAACAAAUUUGGUCAGCUCCAUUAUCAGGAUGUUACUACUGGACAGAUGGUAGGUAAUCUUCGAACUGGCCUGGGCCGUACUGAUGUGAUGCAGGUGAAUCCCUUCAACGGUGUGGUUGCUGUUGGCCAUUCUGGUGGAACAGUCAGCAUGUGGAAGCCUACAAGCGCUGCUCCCCUAGUGAAAAUGCUCUGUCAUCCGGGCCCAGUCACUGCUCUUGCAUUCCAUACUAAUGGCCAUCUUAUGGCAACUGCUGGUAUGGAGAGGAAAAUAAAGAUUUGGGAUUUGAGGAAGUUUGAAGUUCUCCAAACUUUACCAGGACAUUGCAAAGCCUUGGAUUUUAGUCAAAAAGGUUUACUUGCUGCUGCAACAGGAUCUUUCGUACAAGUUUUUGGAGAUCUUUCUGGAUCUCAGAAUUAUAGCCGAUAUAUGAAUCAUUCUAUUGCGAAAGGAUACCAAGUAAAGAAGGUGGCGUUCAGACCAUAUGAAGACGUUCUAGGCAUAGGGCAUUCUAUGGGUUGGUCUUCUAUCUUAAUUCCAGGAUCCGGAGAACCCAACUUCGAUUCUUGGGUGGCAAAUCCAUUCGAAACAUCUAAACAAAGGAGAGAGAAGGAAGUCCGAUCUCUUCUUGACAAGCUCCCUCCAGAGACUAUCAUGUUAGAUCCUACAAAGAUUGGUACAGUGAGGUCAACGAGAAAGAAGGAACAGCCAACAAAGGAGGAUAGAGAAGCUGAAAUGGAAGCUGCUAUUGAGGAAGCUAAAAGUAUGCCUAUGAAGAAGAAAACAAAAGGUAGAAGCAAGCCGAGUAAGAUUGCAAAGAAGAAGCAAGAAGCUGUCGAGAAAGCUAAGAAACCGUUCCUGGAGCAACAAAUGAAUGAAUUCUCCAAGAAAAGGAAACUCACUGAGGAAACUCAGCUUCCAAAAUCUUUAGAGCGUUUCGUUAGGAAGAAGGCAGUAGCAUGAUCAAUUAUGUCUACUGGACUUUUCUUUCUUGCCUUUAACUUGCAUUUGCAUUUCAUUCUUUUUGUUUUCUCUCCCUAUUCACUUCCCUUGAGGGAAAUGGUUAUAGGAAUUGAAGAGGCAAGUGUUGUAAUUCUUCAGAUCAAGUUUAUCCCUUUUUCUCGCUGUUUACAUUGUUUAAUUGUUAGGUUAAAAAUGUAGGCAUUCUUGUUUUAACAUGGGGUUUCCAGCUUGAAAUUACAGGCCAAUGUAAAAUCUACAAACUAGGCCAUGUAUGAAUUAAUUUAUCAUAGCCUUGACUACUUUCCUGCUAUGUAUAGGCAUUCAUAACUUUUGGUCUA